GAAGAGUGACAUGUGCAGUGCAGGUUUAUACUUGCCUCUUCUUUGAUACAAUAAAGACUUAUUGAUAGAUGAGAAGUCUUAAUAUGAGUGGUGUAUUCUGAUGGGUUUUAUUACACAUUCAAUCUGAAACUAUUGCAAACAGAUUUUAUGGGAUUUCUUCAUGCCUUAUGUUUAUGUCUAACAGUGGAAGGCCCAAUCUGAAGCCCAUUUAAUGGAAUGGUGUUUGUAGCAUAUGAACACCCUAAUUCAGUUUUCGUUGUGAAGAAAAUUCUUUACCUUCUGCUCCCAUUAGAGAUGAUUAGCUAAAUUUUUUUCUAUUUAGAUGGGAGAUCAAGACAAGUGGACUAUGUCGUUUGUCAUGCCCUCAAAGUAUGGUUCCAAUUUGCCAUUGCCUAAGGAUUCAUCUGUCACUAUCAAGGAGGUGCCAAGUAAAAUUGUUGCAGUUACUGCCUUUUCAGGUUUCGUAACUGAUGAGGAAAUCAAACGUCGGGAAUCAACACUUCGGGAUGCACUAAAGAAUGAUAAACAAUUUCAAGUGAAAGAGGCUACAUCAGUGGAAGUUGCACAGUACAAUCCACCAUUUACGCCUCCAUUUUUACGUCGUAAUGAGAUUGCUGUUGAAGUUGAAAGGAAGCAAGAGUAG